GUUAUUAACAUGAAUCACAACUCAACUUCUCUUCUUAAAAUUCGCAUAUAAUAGGUGCAAGCAACAUGUCAUUUGAUCCCACUAGGAUUUCUAAGGCCGACGCAGCUGUUUAUACUUCCUCAUCAUCCGACGAUGACGAUGACGACGGGUACCUACAUUCGUCUGUUGACCCGCGAGCUGACGAUUUUGCUGAUCUCAACCCUCGCAAACGAAGACGGACCGGUCGCAACGCGAAAGAAAGUGCUGCCUUAGGAAUAUUUGGUUCCGAAAGCGAAGAUGACGGCCCAGGAAGGAAAUGGAAAUCUAAGAAAGACUUGCGCCACAAGAAUGUAACAUUCGUUUCGGCUGGGAAGAAAGAUUUGAAUCCAACACUUGACGACGACGACGACGACGACGACGACGAUAACGGCCAUGAGCUUAGCAGUCACCCCGGCCUAGGUGCGCAAGCCUCCACUUCCAAGAGACAGCAGUUAGAAGAUGACGAUUAUGGAGAGAACGAAGAUGAAGAUAUGACCGGGUUUGGCCUAGGUUGGGCAACUCACUCUCAAUCCCAGACUAUGUCGGCCCCCAGCGAUUCACCAAGCAAGCCGCCAAAAAUCAGGUCGGUAUAUGAUGGAAGCACACCCUUAGGAAAAGGAUUCGUCCCUUCGUCUGCGAACGAGCCCGUUCUAAAGGCAAACCUCCACGACAAGCCGUCAUCGAUAUCUCAACCCCCCAAGCCGAGUGCCUUCGGUAAAGGGGGGAAAGCCAAGUCUUUCGCAGCUCGAAUGAUGGAAAAGAUGGGUUAUGUCGAAGGUCAAGGUCUUGGCGCUCAGGGCCAAGGAAGAAACGUCAUCGUCGAGGCAACUCUGCGUCCGCAGGGUGUUGGUCUUGGCGCUGUUAAAGAGAAGUCUCAGCAAGAACGCAAGGAGGAAAAAAGACAGGCUCGUAUGCGUGGAGAAGAGGUGAUUGAUUCAGAUGAGGAAAGGAAGGGGAAACGCGAGAGGAGGAAGAAGGGCAGAGACAGCACAGCUGGAAGCGGCGCAAGCACUCCAAGGAAGCCUAAGACCAAGUAUCUGACCGUUACCGAUAUUCAAAAAGCCGCGCCUGGCCUCCAUAUACCCGAUACGUUUACCCCGAUUUUAGACCUUACCGGGCGCGACCAGAAGCUCUUGACCUCUGGCUCGGGCUUGCUAACGCCCACGACUGGUACCGAGGUGGCUGCACAGACGGAGGCGCGUAAGCUGACAAGGCGCGCACAAGGAGAUCUUACGGCAUUUGUGGAGGAAUGGAAGAGUCUCGAGGAGCGGAAAGCAUGGCUUGCUAUGGAGGAAACCCAGCGUCAACAAGAGUUAGAUGAGCUUAAGGAUAGAUUCUCCGUACUCAGCAUGAUCUCAUCCGUCCUGGAUGGGGUUAGCCAAGGCGCCCGUGACAGAGACUGGGAUCGCGUCAUAUCCGGGCUCAGGAAAGCCGAAUCUACAAUAUCAACUCACGGGGACGAAGAGAUAGAAUCUCUCUCGGUGUCUGCUGUCCACCCUUUUCUGAGAGAUGCUAUCCAGGGUUGGCAGCCUUUGGACGACCCUAAGCUGGGUAAUUUUUCAUCCGAUCUUUUAGACAUUCGAGGGUUGCUAGGUCUUAAUAAAGCUCACAGCGGGAAUACCAUUACGAAGUGGAAGGAUAUCGAGAUUGAUGGCACACAUCGUCACCAUAUAAGAUCAACAACGCCUUGGGAAAGCAUGGUCUAUCAAAUUGUCUUCCCUAAACUCGUCACGGCUAUUUCCCAAACGUGGGACAUUCACGACCCGGCACCUCUCCUGGAGUUUUUUGAGAGGUGGCAACAGCUUCUACCAGAGUUCGUCCGCUUGCAGCUUCUUGAGCAAGUAGCAAGGCGACUCGAGAAUGGCAUUAAUAGCUGGAAGCCAAGAAAGAGGCACGAAAAUUUGCAUUUAUGGCUGUUUCCUUGGCUCCAACAUCUUCCAGCUCACCAUCUCGAGCCGAAGGGCACUGGGCUGGUGGCAGAAGUGAGGCGCAAAUUCAGGCAACUAAUCGACACGUGGGAUUUUUCGAAAGGCGCAGUUCCCGGUCUUGGGCAGUGGAAGGAUAUAUUCCACCCGUCUAAGGAACAGGACCAGUGGAAGCCUUUGGUCAUGCGUCAUGUCCUCCCAAGCCUGUCCCGAUACCUACGCAUCAAUUUCCGUGUCGACCCAAGCGACCAAGAACCAUAUCUCGAUAUGCUUAACGGUGCGCUCAAAUGGACAGAUGUUAUUUCCACGUCUCUGGUAGGGGAGGUUAUAGCAUCGGAAGUGUUUCCUAUGUGGCACGAUGUUCUCUAUCAGUGGCUCACCAGCGCAGAUGCUAACUACGAAGAAAUCGGCGCAUGGUUUGAAUGGUGGAAGGACCAAGCAUUACCAAAUAAGAUAUCAUCAUUGCCGAGUAUCGCAGCUGAGUUCGAAAAGGGUACGGCUAUGAUUGAAGCUGCCCUAGAUCUCGGCAUCGACGCGAAAAACCAACUCCCUCGACCGGACGGGCGACCUGCCCAUCAGCCAAAACCCCGAUCUCACAAAUCUAAACUAGAUCAGAAGAUCGGGCUAGUGCCGUCACCGCCGCAGCCUGUAGAAAAAGCAGAACCCAUAUUCCGCGAUGAGGUAGAGGAUUGGUGCCAGGAGAACGAUCUCCAGUUUAUCCCGAUUCACAAGGCCAACGAAGAGGGCAAGCACUACUUCCGCAUCACAGCUCGUAUGGAUGGAAAGGGAGGUGUGCUAGCGUAUUUCAAGGGCGGCGACGCUUUGGUUGUUGAGUCCCGAAAAACAAAUCUAACUUUGAAGCGGGAUGUGAAGGAGGAUUGGGGUCUCCUUCUCGAACCCCUGUACCAGGAAGUCGAGCAAGGCGGAAGAAGAUGAAAUUGUCCGCAUCGAGAAAUGCUUCAGGGGGGGGGGAGAUAAAACGAACGCAUCGGCGGUUGAUAA